AUGAAUGAAGUAAUCUCUGAAUCACUUCGACGUAAAAUAUUUGUUAUAUUUAAUUCGCUAAGUCGAAUCAGUCCGAUAAAAUCGCAAGUGAAAAACCUUAUUGUCUUACUUUGCGCCAUUGGCUGCGCAUGUGCCACCGUUUCGGACCAAGAAGCCAAUAUUGUUCGUAGUAAUUUUGAUCACGAUGCUGAAGGUGGUUACCAGUUUGCAUAUGAGACAGACAAUGGUAUAACAGCGCAAGCCGAUGGAAAAAUAACAGUUUUAAGCGAGAAUUCGACUGCUCAUCAAGUGCAGGGAUCAGUCUCGUACGUGUCACCCGAGGGUAAAACAAUUGAGAUUACCUACGUAGCUGACGAAAACGGAUACCGGCCUGAGAGUGAUUCUCUUCCAACUCCACCGGCGCCGAUGCCCAUUCCGGACUACAUUGCUCGCGCUAUUGAAUACAUUGCUGCCCAUCCUUACAAAGAGGAGACAGAGGUAAACGAAGAGAAGAAAGUUGCCAAGGUAAACGAAGAGAAGAAAGUUGUCAAGGUCAACGAAGAGAAGAAAGUUGCCAAUAAAUUCCUAGUCGUCAUUGCCGCGGCCUUCGCCCUGGUCAGCGCUGAUGUUUCCCACAUCGUAAGAAAUGAUGAAUCUCAAGCCCCCAUUAUCAGGUUCGAAUCCGAUAGCAGCCCUGAAGGAUCUUUCCAAUACUCCUACGAAACCGGCAAUGGCAUCUCCGCCCAGGCUCAGGGUACCGUGUUUAACCCCAACACUGACGCUGCUUCUCUUGAGAUUAAGGGUGCCGCCCGUUACACCUCGCCUGAAGGAGAACCUGUUGAACUGACCUACGUUGCCAACGAGAAAGGUUUCCAACCCUCGGGCAGCCACAUCCCCCAGCCCCAGCCAAUCCCUGAGCUCAUCCUUCGCAGCUUGGAGUACAUCGCAGCCCACCCCCCACCACCAGCGCCAGCAGAGUACGCCAGGAAGCCCCUCAACUAA